AUGGAUCUCAGUAGCAUGGUGCUCCCUUCCGCCUCGAUGACAUCUACCCUGCCAAAUGGCCACCAGUCCCCCGUCACAAAUGAUGUUCAUGCCACAGAUGAGAAUCCAUCUAUACCGACCUUCGACAACGUGAGCGACUUGGCUGAAACAACUGCCGACGAGCAAGAUCCCUCCGACGAAGAUGCAGAUCAUGACCCGAGCGAGGAUGCGGAGUCGGACGCCGCGGAGGAGUUUAAUGCGGAGAUGAGUUCGGACUCCUCAGACAAUGAGGAUGAUGUGGAUGGACAUGCUUCUCCAGCUGCUGAACACCUUAUUGGUGAGGAUGAAGGCUAUUCGGCUGCUGAAGACGCUUCCGACGCACCUCCAGCGUCUAUUUCUGGUAACUCAUCGGCCCACAACCUGAAGAGGGGCACUAAACGAAAAUCUCCCAUUAUCGAUGAUGACUUUAUAAGAAAUAACCCCAGCCUCUACGGCUUACGUCGAAGUGGUCGUGCAAGAUCCAUUCGUCAAAAUGUCCAGACUACAUCCGAUUCUGACUCUGAAGCUGUCGCCCCCCCUUCAAAGCGGAGGCGUCGUACACCAAAUCGACCCUCAAAACAACCUUCGCUUUCUCAGUCAAUUGAUUCUACCUCCAAUUCUGACGGUGACGAAUAUCACGGAUCGCGCAAUAGAACCUCAAAAACAAAACGUCGACGGAUGGCGCAGUCGGAUAACCUCAUACCUACCCAUGCCGAAAUUCGCUUUUCAACUAGACGUGCAAAUAGAGUAUCUAAUUACAAUGAGGAUGAUGACGAUGAUGAAUUUGAAGAUGAAUCGGAAAUGAUGACGCCGGGGGAUUGGGUGACUGCAGUCGAUGAUACAACGCCAGCCAUUGAUGUAGUGCUCAACCAUAGGUUUAAGGAGGGCGUUGACCUCACACGGAGCGGCCUUAGUCGAGACGAUUUUGAGUUCUACAUUAAAUGGCAAGGGAAAUCCCAUUAUCACGCGACAUGGGAAACGGUGGAAUCCCUUGCCAGCUGUAGGAGUGUGCGUCGCUUAGAUAACUACGUACGCAAGACCCUGUCCUUAGAAAUACAAUAUGCAAGGGACCCAGAAAUCAUUCCCGAGGAAAAGGAGAAAUGGAACCUCGACCGGGAACGUGAUGUGGAUGCCAUAGAAGAUUAUAAAAAGGCAGAGCGUGUUAUCGGCUCUCGCGAGAUUGACGGUGCAACAGAGUACUAUGUCAAAUGGAAACGGCUUUUCUAUGAUUGCUGUACAUGGGAACCCGCGCCCCUAGUCAGCGAGAUCGCUCAGCGGGAGAUCGAUCGCUAUCUCGACCGUUGCUCCCACCCGCCCAUUUCUAGUAAAGCCGAAUCAAGCCCCUCAACUCGAGCCCCAUUCGAGCCCAUCCACGGCACCCCGAGCUUUGUUCAGAACGGUGAACUCAAGGAAUUCCAAGUGAAAGGAGUUAACUUCAUGGCUUAUAACUGGGUUCGUGGUCGAAAUGUGGUUCUUGCAGACGAGAUGGGUUUAGGGAAGACCGUCCAAACGGUGGCCUUUAUCAAUUGGUUGCGGCAUGUCAGGCAUCAACAAGGUCCCUUCAUCGUCGUUGUGCCGCUCUCAACAAUGCCUUCUUGGGCAGAAACAUUUGACAAUUGGACACCAGACUUGAACUACGUGGUUUACAAUGGCAACGAAACAUCUCGCAACAUUAUAAAGGAAUAUGAAUUAUUGAUUGAUGGGAAUAUUAAACGACCUAAAUUCCAUGUCCUUCUCACUACUUACGAAUAUGUUCUUGUGGACGCCGCCUUCCUAAGUCAAAUCAAAUGGCAAUUUAUGGCCGUCGAUGAAGCUCAUCGGUUGAAAAAUCGGGAGUCGCAACUAUAUGCUAAGCUUGUUGAAUUCAAAUCUCCUAGUCGACUACUAAUUACGGGAACGCCUGUGCAGAAUAACCUAGGCGAACUCUCUGCUCUAAUGGACUUCCUAAACCCUGGGCUGAUACAAAUUGACGAUGACAUGGAUCUAGGUUGUGAAGCGGCCAGUGUAAAAUUAGCGGAACUUACCAAAUCUAUCCAGCCUUACAUGCUUCGACGGACCAAAUCGAAGGUCGAGUCGGAUUUACCUCCCAAGUCGGAGAAGAUCAUUCGAGUCGAAUUGUCCGACAUCCAACUAGAGUACUACAAAAACAUACUGACGAAAAAUUACGCUGCCCUCAACCAAGGCGGCAAAGGACAGAAGCAAUCCCUUCUUAAUAUCAUGAUGGAGCUCAAGAAGGCUAGCAACCAUCCUUUCAUGUUUCCCAACGCUGAAUCUCGCAUUUUGGAGGGGAAAACGGGCCGUGAAGAAAUGAUGCGUGCCCUCAUAACGAGCAGCGGAAAGAUGAUGUUGCUGGAUCAACUAUUGGCCAAACUGAAAAAGGACGGUCAUCGGGUUUUAAUUUUCAGCCAAAUGGUUCGCAUGCUUGACAUCCUAGCUGACUAUAUGGAUGUCCGUGGCUAUGCCUACCAACGACUAGAUGGAACGAUCGCUGCCGGCCCUCGACGUCUGUCUAUUGAACAUUUUAAUGCCCCCGAGAGCAGUGAUUUUGCAUUUCUUCUCUCCACUCGUGCGGGAGGUUUGGGGAUUAACCUCAUGACUGCUGAUACUGUUGUCCUUUUUGAUUCUGACUGGAACCCUCAGGCCGAUCUUCAAGCAAUGGCACGCGCACAUCGCAUUGGACAAACUCGGCCUGUGAGCGUUUAUCGACUUGUAUCUAAAGAUACUGUUGAAGAGGAGGUUCUCGAAAGAGCAAGAAAUAAGCUGCUUCUCGAAUUUAUUACCAUCCAACGAGGAGUUACUGACAAGGAAGCAACUGAGCUCAAAGACAAGAUGGCGCGUGCAGGCCACCAGAUCAGUGAACCAACCUCUUCCGACGAUAUAUCCCGCAUUCUAAAGCGACGCGGCCAGCGCAUGUUCGAACAAUCUGGGAACCAGAAGAAGUUAGAAGAAUUAGAUAUUGACUCUGUCCUGGCGAAUGCUGAAGAGCACAAAACCGAACAAGCCGAAGGUAUGGAGGCAGAUGGUGGAGAGGAGUUUCUCAAGGCCUUUGAGUUUGUCGACGUUAAGGUGGACGAACUUACGUGGGACGAAAUCAUUCCAAAAGAGGAGCUCGAACAAAUCAAAGCACAAGAGGAACUUCGAGCGCAUGAGCAAUUCUUGGCUCAAGAGAUUGAACGAAGUCAGCCGCGUAAACGAAAAGAGCCCUUGGAUGGGCGACAGGAACGCCAAGCUAAAAGACGAGCUCGGGCACAGGUCAAUAUCAACGCUGACGAUGUGUCUGAUGCACCACCGCCACCUGACCCGAGCAGGCCCCUCAGCGAGAAGGAAUAUAGACAUCUCAUCCGCGCGUAUCUUAGAUAUGGCGACAUCAAUGAUCGGCAAGAUGAUCUAAUCAGGGAAGCACGGCUCAUUGGCCGAGAUAUCGAUGUUGUGAAAGCUGCGUUGGGCGAGAUAGUCGAGAAGGCCCAUGCCCUAUUGAAAGAGGAAAAUAACCGCCUCAAUGCCCUUGAGCGUGAAGGCAAAAGCUUCACCAAGAAAGAACGGAAAGCCAUCCUUUUCGACCAUCAGGGCGUUAAACGGCUUAAUGCCGAGACCAUCGUUGAGAGGCCAAAUGAAAUGCGAAUUCUGAGGAAGGCUACCGCGGAUGUAGCCGACCCCCAGAGCUUUCGCGUUCCUGAAGCUACGAAGGGCGCUGACUAUUCCUGCGCCUGGGGUGCACGUGAAGAUGGUAUGCUCUGUGUCGGAAUAGCCCGCCAUGGCUAUGGUGCCUGGGCACAGAUCCGCGAUGACCCCGAUCUUGCGCUUGCUGACAAGUUUUUCCUCGAGGAGCAUCGGGUUGACCGGAAAGCGGAGCGCAUGAAUGGUGGUGGGAAGGGUACGACAAAAUCUCCCGGAGCUGUCCACCUGGUCCGUCGCGCGGACUAUCUCUUGUCGGUCUUGAAGGAUAAGAUAAGCAACGGUGCUAGCGCUAUUGCGAAGAGAGCCGUGGAGAACCAUCAUCGCAAUAACAAAAAGAAUAGCCUCCAUUCCAGAGGCCAUGUGAACGGUAGUGUCUCGGGAUCCCCUUCGCCAUCCCUCCCUCGCAAAGCCCGCGACUUGGACAAAUCGCGAUCUCGUGUCCACAAAUCUCGAGACAGCGCCGAUCUUUCGAACAACCCUACAGGUGACAACAGGCCCAACCACAGUUCUAGCAAACAUCGACGUCUGCAGGAUCACCGGCGAGACGAAAAGGAUCGCGAUCGUUCCAGCAAAGCCCGAAUCAAGGUCCGCGGGGAGGAGAAAGAUCGUCACCGUCGCAACAACGACAGCGCUGGAACCAGUAUGGACAACAAUAACGAUGCAAUACUCAAGGUUAUUUUCAAGCCCAUCCAAGCGCAUCUCAAGCAAGUAUCUCAGGUCACCAAAGAAAACAUCCCAAGCAAGUCGGAUCGGGCGGGCGAAUUGCGACGGUUGCUGCUUCUCAUUGGCCGGUUUAUUCGAAGCACUUUGGAUGGGAACGAAGCACGAGCUUCGCUAGAAGAGCGGCUGUGGGGAUUUGCUGCGACCUAUUGGCCCAACAAGGCCACACCAGCAGCUGCGCUGCAUAACAUGUUCGAUCGUCUUAUGGAGGUUGAGAAGACUGAAUCGACCCAACAGCGAUGA